CUUGCUUGUGAGAAGCACAAUGAAGAAUCUUAUGCUGAUUGCUGCGAUGGGCCUUUUGUUGGUCUCUGCCACUGCCAUCGGCCGCUUUCGCAUGCCCACCGUUGUGACUACUACGUGCUGCAAAGAAGUCUCCAACGUCAUGGUCAAAAACACCACUGGCUUCAAGCGCCAGUAUGCUCAACCUCCAUGCCUUAAGGCCAUCGUUUUCACCACGGCUGAUAAGAAGCAGUACUGCACUGACCCACAUGCACCAUGGGUGGCACGAAGGCUGAGAGGAGGAGCUGUGACUUCCUUUUGUGACUGA